AUGGGUAUUGAAGAAGCCCUUUCAGUUGAGCAGCGAGAGAAGCUGAGAGAGAGCUUGUUAGCCACCGACGACAGGUUCGUCAUCGAAAUCCCGAAGGUUGAACUACAUGUACAUAUUGAAGGGACUUUAACUCCCAACCUGAGAUGGAAGUUGACUCGACGAAAUGGAACGACCCUCCGCCUUGCGAAAAAUACUCCAGUGCUUAAAAGCCUAGAAGAAUUGGAGGCGGCAAUCGACUCACUUCGGCCCCAACCCACUCAGACCAAUGACGAAGAGACAGUUCAGUUCUUCCAAGCAUAUUAUGAAGGAUUUGAAGCUUUGAAGACCAAGGAAGACUUCUUUGAUCUGGCGAUGAAUUACUUUGAGCGUGCUGCCUCCAUGAAUGUUCGCUACUGUGAACCAUUUUUUGACCCCCAGGGCCACACCAGUCGUGGAAUUUCCUGGGAAGACAUGAUGAAUGGUUUCAGGGAAGCCUCGAUCAAGGCGGACAAAGAACUCAAAGUCAAAUCAGCAUGGAUAAUGUGCUUCCUGCGUGAUCUAUCUCCAGAGUCUGCCCUGGAACAUUACAGAGCUGCACUACCGUACCGCGACAUCAUCGUUGGAAUUGGACUGGAUUCGAACGAGUAUAAACGACCUCCGUCUCUUUUCGAAGAAGUUUUUUCACAAGCCCGACGUGAUGGCUUCAGGCUCACAAUGCAUUGUGACGUGAACCAAGAGGAUACCCAUGAACAUAUCAGACAGUGCGCAUCUGUCAUUGCGGGUGAAGGACUUGACCGUAUUGACCAUGCUCUCAACGCUGCAGAUAAACAGAGCUUAAUGGACUUGAUCUUGAAGCGUGACGUGGGCAUGACGAUUUGCCCGUGGGCUUAUCUACGACACCAGUCACAUGCAGAAAUUGGGCCUAAUAUUCGUGUUCUAUACAAUGCAGGAAUCAAAUUAUCCAUCAACAGCGAUGACCCAGCAUAUAUGGAGGAUUGCUGGAUCCUGCAUAACUGGUUACUUGCUAAACACCUGUGCGACUUUGGAGACACAGAUAUCGCUGUUCUGGCGAAAAAUGCUGUCGAGAUAUCUUGGGCAAAACAGUCCAUAAAGGACAAUAUCCUGCAAGAGAUUGACGUGGUUUAUGAGAAGUAUCACAGAAGUCAAUAG